GUUGUUGUGUAAAACCCAUAAAGCCCAUGACAGCCUCAGUUUCACCGCAGCACCUCCCCUGUCCUUGACAAGGAAACAUGGCGACUGCAACUAAAUUCAUCCAGAGGUUACGGAAUUGGGCUUCUGGGCAUAAUCUUCAAACUAAAUUACAGCUGCGUUAUACUGAAAUCGCAAAGAGAACCCAGCCACCCCCAACUCUACCAGUUGGACCCAGUCACAAGUUGGCAGACAACUACUACCACACACGAGAUGGCCGCAGACAAACUGGCCCCCCUACUGUUAUAAUGUCUCCUUACAAGGUUCUAAGUCCUGGAGGUUCUCCAGCCAGUGCUGACACAGCAGUUACAGCAUCCACAAAAAAGCCAGUGACUCCUGGAACCCCACCUCCGGAACUACAGUUGUCUAGGGAUGAACCAUAUCUAUAAAAGAGUUACCAAAGUUGUUAAAAACAACAAUUAAAAAUAGGUUAUUGAUGGCAAUUUAUUGUAAAUAUAAUCCAUUACCUGAAAUAAAAACUGAAGUUUCUCCUCUA